UUGACUUGACCGAAAAUACGCGGCGCGAGCAGCCGCUCCCUGCCGUCCCGCGGCCACGCGCGCCUUUCCUCUCGCGAUGUUUGGCCCGUGCCGCCGCUCUGGGGCGCCGGUUGCUCAUCGGAGCUGGAUGCAGAGCGGGUCCAGGAGAAAAAGAUGGAGACAGCGGCGAAGCUCGUAGGGUUGCGGCUAGACGGUGUCCCUAACCCAGGUUCGUCUUUGCGCACACUUAAUUUUAAACAACACCUCAGUGUGUGUGAUUUCUAAAAUGUGCCCAAUUGGUACUACUUGGCAUUGGAUUAGGAGUGAAAUUGGAACAAAUUGUGUUUUCAUCAAAUCUGGAUCGCGAGUCUGGCAUUAAUGAACAAAUUAAUUGUUGGCUGGGACCAUGCCAGGGAUUGUGAUCUUCAGGCGGCGCUGGUCAGUAGGGAGUGAUGACUUGGUCCUGCCAGGAAUCUUCCUCUUCCUCAUUCACACUACCUGGUUUGUGGUGCUUGCUGUAGUGCUAUUUGGCCUAACCUACAGCCCGCAGGAGCCAUGUUCACUCAACUUGGUAGAUCAUGGCAGAGGCUAUUUAGGCAUUCUCAUUGCCUGUAUGAUAUCCGAAGCUGCUAUAAUCUGGCUGAGUAUGCGAGGAAGUAUUCUUUACACAGAGCCGCGUGAUUCAAUGCAGUACAUUCUGUACAUCCGAAUGGCAAUCGUGCUAAUAGAAUUUGCAUAUGCAAUCAUAGGAAUUGUAUGGUUAGCACAAUACUAUCACUCCUGCAAUGACACCACUGCAAAGAAUGUUACAUUAGGAAUUGUAGCCUGUAAUUGGGUUGUCAUUCUGAGUGUCUGCAUAACUGUAAUGUGCGUCUUUGAUCGAACGGGAAGAACAUUUGUAAAACUUCGAGCAACUAAACGUCGUCAGCGGAAUCUCAGAACAUAUAACUUACGCCAUCGUUUGGAGGAAGAGCAGGCCAGUAGUUGGAGUCGACGAUUGAAAUUUUUUCUUUGUUGCACCCGUACACAGGACACCCAGAGUGAUGCAUAUUCUGAAGUUGCUUUUCUUUUUGCUGAGUUCUUCCGAGACUUGGACAUUGUGCCCUCUGACAUCAUUGCUGGUCUUGUAUUGUUGCGUCAGAGGCAGAGGGCUAAACGAUUUGCCGUCCUCGAUGAGGCAAAUAAUGACAUUUUGGCCUUUUUAUCGGGAAUUCCAGUCACCAGGAAUACAAAGUAUCUUGACUUGAAGAAUGCUCAAGAAAUGCACAUGUAUAAGGAGGUAUGCUACUACAUGCACUUUGCACUGGCUGCUUACGGCUGGCCCUUGUACUUAAUGCGAAACCCAACCUGUGGAAUCUGCAAACUGGCCAGCUCAUGCUCGUGUUGCUGUUUCUGUCAUCCUUUGCGACCCAGGUAUGUGCCAAGUGUGACAGUUGAGGAAGACAACUGUUGCAACUGCAAUGUCAUUGCCAUCAAACGUCACUUUCUGGAUGAGAAUUUUUCAUCAGUAGACAUCGUAUAUACUUCUUGCCAUGAUGCGGUGUUUGAGACACCAUUCUUUGUUGCUGUAGAUCAUAUGAAGAAAAAGGUGGUGAUUAGUAUUCGGGGGACCCUUUCACCUAAGGAUGCUCUGACUGAUUUGACUGGAGAUGCUGAACGAUUACCAGUCGAGGGGCAUCAUGGAACUUGGCUUGGUCAUAAGGGUAUGGUUCUAUCUGCUGAAUAUAUUAAGAAGAAAUUGGAACAGGAGAUGAUUCUCUCUCAAGCCUUUGGCCGUGACCUGGGAAAAGGGACCAAACAUUAUGGAUUAGUGGUGGUUGGACAUUCUUUAGGAGCUGGAACUGCAGCUAUUCUUUCUUUCCUGCUCAGACCACGGUAUCCUACUCUACACUGUUAUGCUUACUCUCCACCUGGGGGUCUUCUUAGCUGUGACGCAAUGGAAUAUUCCAAGGAGUUUGUGACAUCUGUUAUCUUGGGGAAGGAUCUGGUGCCAAGACUUGGACUUUCUCAAUUGGAAGUCUUUCGUAGACACCUACUUGAUGUUCUGCAAAAGAGCAAUAAACCCAAGUGGAGAAUUAUCAUGGGUGGCACCAAAUGUAUUCCUAAAUCAGAACUGCCAGAGGAUGAAGAAUUAGCUAACGUUCAGAGUAACAGACAAUGGGCCUAUCCCAGUGACCUUACUAUUGCACUUUCUGCCAGUGUCCCACUCUAUCCCCCAGGCCGGAUUAUUCAUGUGGUACACAACCAUCCAGAGGAAAAGUGUUGCUGUGGACAGGAAGAGUCAACUUAUUAUGCUAUAUGGAGUGAUAACAAGACAUUGGAUGAGGUCAUCAUCUCUGCUGCCAUGCUGAACGAGCACAUGCCUCAUAUUGUCAUGGAUGGACUACACAAGGUACUGGAGAAUUAUAACAAGGGGAAGACAGCUUUACUUGGUGCAGCAAAGGUAAUGGUCAGCCCAACAGAAGUGGAUUUGAAUCCUGACAUGAUUAUGCAGCAGCAACCCCAAGCAAUAGAACAUGGAGAUCAAAGGAGGAACAGCAGUGUAAAGAGCAAGUCAAAAUCUGAACUAAGCUUUGAAAGUCUCUAUCGGACAAAACAGAAUGUUCAGUGCCAAAAUGAUCCUGUUGAGUUGCUACUAAUGGACACUAAGGAGAGGCUGGUAACUGAUAUAGAGGAACGUCGGGCACCACUUGCCACCAUGGAAAGUCUUUCCGACAAUGAGUCUAUCUAUAGUUUUGAUUCACGCCGAUCCUCUGGAUUUCGCAGCAUAAGAGGCUCUCCAAGUCUGCAAGUUGUAAUGGAGAAAGAUGAGUCACAUUGUUUCUAUAUUGAUCCAGCCAUUCCAGAGGAAAAUCCUUCCCUUAGUUCCCGGACUGAAUUACUUGCUGCAGAUAGUUUAUCCAAACAUUCUCAGGAGGUGCAGCCAUUUGAGCCACUGCAGAACAGCUGUUAUUCUCUACCUAGCCCCCUGCAAGCAGAUUUUGGUGAGCAAGAGAACAAACAAGUCACAGAAGUGGAAGAAGAUAGCUUUUCAGAUAAGUUGCCAAUAGAAGAUGAGAGUAAAGAAUGGACAGGAAGCAUGCGAGAGGUGCCAAGCCCACAAGUGCUUGAAUUUGCAGAGUUUAUAGACAGUCUUUUCAACUUGGAUGGAAAAAGCAGCUCCUUCCAAGAUAUUUAUCAUUUGGUACUUGAUGAUAACUUAGAGGAAUAUAAUGAAAUUCCCAAGUCAGUAAGUGAGCACGAGAUCUUGAUGCGGGCACAGUUUGAACCCAAUUUAGUGCCAAAACCACCCCGUCUGUUUGUCGGAUCAGCAGAUGCUGGAACCUCGUCUGGGAUUUCGGUGUCUCCAUCCUUUCCAUUUAGUUCAAGUGGAGAGCUGAUGGACAUUACUCCAACCUGCAUUAGCAGCCAGGAGUGCCUGACUAUGGAUACAAAGUUGAGAACUUCAACGCCAGCAGACAACCAAUCCAACUCAAACAAGCCUGCAGAACUUGUCAUCUCAGCUCUAUAGAACUCAGUGAAAUACUAACAGAGCACAUAAGCAUGCUAAUUUAUAAGUGAUGUUGUUUUCCUUAAAGAGUAGGACUGUGAAAUUUUAAGAAUAAGAAUAAACCACUUUUGCCCGCAAUUGUAAAAUCAAGGAACAGACUUGGUAUAAAAGACCCUAAUGGAUAAAGUCCUCGUCUUACUAGCAGCCAUCAUGUUGAUGUUAAAAUGUAGUUAAUCUGCACUUUCCUAUAUAAUUUAUUUUUAAUCUUUUGGUCUCAUAUAUGACCAAGGAAUAUACAAAAAAAUCUCCUGUGAGACUAAGUGUCAGUUGAUAUUUAAUUACCAAGGGAGACUUAUUUUUAAAUUAAAUUGUAUGAUGUGGAAGUCACAGGAAAAGCUGUCAUUAUGAUCCACUUUUAAUUGCUCAGGAACAGGUGCUGGUGAGCCAUUACCUUGAACUACUGCAUUCUUCGUCUUGUACAUUGUGAGAUUGUUCGGUGGAGUUCCAGGAUUUUGAUGACAAAGGAAUGGCAGUAUAUUUCCAAGUCCAAAUGUUGCAUGACUU